AUGCCCGCGCUCUCGCCGCUCGCCGUCGCAUCGACCUCCGCGCCCACCCGCGUCGAGCCCGGCCGCCGCGCGUCUCGCGCGUCCCCCUCGGUCGCGUCAUCGUCGCUAGGUCACGAGAGGGUCCAUGCGGAAAAGUCGGCGCCGGGGCUGGGGUCCCUCGCCCUCUCCCGCGGUCGUCUCUCCCGCGGGUGCGCGCUCGUGACCCGCGCUUCCGCGGCCGACGCCCCUCCCGCGAUCGCCCCCGCGCACCUGCGCACCACCAUCACCCCGGUCCCGCCCGAUAUCGCCGCCGCCGGCGGCAUGCUCCUCGCGGACCAGCCCGGCAUGAAGGCGGGUUUCGGCGACCUCACCGCGCACGACUUUCUGCGCGUCGACGUCGACGCGCCGAACCUGCGCGUGCUCUGCAUCGACCCGCCCAUCCUCACCGUGGACGACUUCCUCACCCCCGACGAGUGCGACGCCCUCAUCGACGCCGCGGCUUCAUCGGGGGAGAUGAGAGUCUCCGCCGUCGGCGGCGUCGACAACGUCAACAUCCGAACGUCCAAGACGUGCACGCUCGACUCCCCCGCGCUGACUGACCACCCGACGAAAAAAGCCAUCUUAACCAAGGCCGAGGCGCUCUUACCCCAGCUCGCGGGGCUCAGCGCGAGCAAGUCGGCGUUCAAGCCCCCGACGUCGCAAUCGCCGUACUCCUUCGAGCUGCCGCAGGUGGCGCAUUACCAAGGCGGCGAGUACUUCAAGACGCACGAGGACGCCUUCCCGGAGGCUGUGGCGUCGCGAAAAGGGUACCAGAGACGUGCCACGGUGUUGGUGUACCUGAACGACGUGUCGGAGGGUGGGGCGACGAGGUUCGAUAAGCUAUCGCCGCCGCUGGACGUGACGCCGCGCAAAGGGAGGAUGCUCCUGUUCUUUCCGGGGACGAAGGCGUCGAUGCCGGACGCGAGGACGCUGCACACCGCGCUCGAAGCGGUGCCCGGUCACGAGAAGUGGAUAUCGCAGCUGUGGGUGUGUGCCUACGCGGGGAAGCACGCGCCGGAGGGGAAACCGCCGGGUCCCGGGGACAGGGCCGCGCGACGCGCCGCGGAGAAGGCGGCGAAGAAGGCGGCCAGGAAAGGGGGCGGCGGCGGCGGCGGGAGAAGAUGA